UAUUAUAUACUGUUUUAGUUUUGUACAUCAUUAUAUUCGCGUGUUUUCAAACAUUCAUGCUCACGUGUUGUUGUGUUGGCUCGUGUAUGAAGGACUGCGCGCGCGUGUUGCCCUGUCAUUGACUUGAGUGCGGACUCUGCUCCGGAUCCUCAGACUCUGGUUGACUCUGCUGUACUGCCUGAAGUCCGCUGAGAUGGUCGAACGCGCGUGCCCGUCUCGGCCUUCGUGACGUCACGCCGCACGUUUUCCGUCUGCUGUCCGUCAUAAUCGCGAGUUCUCGGUGUUUUCUGCUCUCUGACAGCUCGAUAUGGACCUGAAUUUUUACUCUGAUCUGUCUGACGGAACCGGGCAGCCCGGUGAACCGGAGUUUCUGGAUCCUCAAGCGUUUAACGGAUUUGACGCCGUUCAGAAGUUCCCGGGAGCCAAUGACAGCUACCUGUCAAUCAGCGGAGAGGGUCAUCACUUCCUGUCUUCCUCAGAGACGUUUCACACUCCGAGUCUGGGCGAUGAGGAGUUCGAGAUCCCGCCAAUCUCCCUGGACCCGGACUCUGCCCUGAGUGUCUCGGAUGUGGUUUCUCAUUUUGGGGAUCUGGCGGACGGCGGCUCAUCUUCUGGGGUGUCUGCAGAUGCUGUGGUCGGAGGAAACGACCCAUCCUUCGCCUCCACCUUCAUCAGCGCUCCGUCACAAACCCUGCAGCACCUCAGCCUGAUGGGCCAGCAGACUGGCGGCCCUCUGCUCACCUCCACACUGGACCUCGGCCACCCGAUUGGUUCUCAGUUCAGCAGCUCCUCUCCAAUGACCAUCGACGUCCCACUUAGCGACAUGAACCACAGCCUCCUUGGACACAAUCAGCUAACCACCAUCGACCAAUCAGAGCUCAGCGCACAGCUCGGCCUCAAUCUGGGGGGUGGAGCCAUCCUGCCCCAUCCACAGUCACCCGACCAAUCAAUAUCAGCCACCGGCUCGCCGUCUGAUUCCCUACAGGACGACGACAUGGAUGACUUCAGACGGAGUGUGCUGGUAGACUCUCCAGUCUCUCUCUCAGUGUCGUCUGCAGUUCUCUCUCUCUCUCCAUCUCUGCCGGAUCAGCCAGUUUUCCCAGCAUGCUCUGCUGCUCCUGUCCGCAAACCUGCAGGGGGGAAAAAGGGCCGGAAGAAGAAGGACCCGAACGAGCCGCAGAAGCCUGUCUCCGCGUACGCGCUCUUCUUCCGGGACACACAGGCCGCCAUCAAAGGCCAGAACCCCAACGCCAGCUUCGGGGAGGUGUCCAAGAUCGUGGCCUCCAUGUGGGACAGUCUGGGAGAGGAGCAGAAGCAGGUGUAUAAGAGGAAGGCAGAAGCAGCCAAGACGGAGUAUCUGAAGGCCAUGGCUGCGUAUAAAGCUGAGCAACUCUCACAGCCGACUAUUGAAGUGUUGGAUGCUCCUCCGUCUCCUCCACCAGCUCCUCCACCAGCUGCUCCUCCUCCAACCCCGCAGCAUCGCUCCUCCCGCAUCCCGGUGCACGCUCCCAACAAUAACACCAUCACCAACAUCUGCACCUCCAACAUCAUCCUGGACGUCCCGCAGGUGACGACUCGCUCACGCACUGGCGCCCACAAACCCCCGGCUCCGCCUCCAGCCCCACCCCCGCCCACCGUCACCAAGAUCAUCAUCUCCAAGCAGCACCUGCAGGCUCAGCGGGCGCCCCCGCCCCUCCAGCAGAUGCAGGCCACGCCCCCUCCACCCCGCCUCCAGCAGAUGCAGGCUCCGCCCCCUCUGCAGGCCAAACCACGACAGACGCUCGCUAGCGCUCCUCCGCCCUUGCAGAUCAAGAUCCUUCCAGCAGCUGUGCAGAGCGAGCGCAGACUACCCAUAAUCCUCAGCGCUGAAGAGGAGCGCUUGCCUGCGGAGGAUGCACAGGCCGUGAUGGACACACCGUCUCCGUCUGCAGCGGAUGACCUGGCUGAAGACGCGAUGGAGGUGGAGCUGAAUGUUUCUCCGGCUCCAGAAUCUUCUCGCUCAGUCGCUCCCGGUGUGUGUGUGCGCGCCGGCUGCACAAACCCACCAGUGGAGAGCAAAGACUGGGACCGAGAGUACUGCAGCAACGAGUGUGUGGCCACGCACUGCAGAGACGUGUUCAUGGCCUGGUGUGCCAUCAGAGGACAGAACUCCACCACCGUCACAUAAACAUACACACACACACGAGGACAGAUGGACAAACCAAACGCCUGUGUGUGAAAAAACAACAACAGCAGCAGCAACAGCGCCACCAUCAGGGAGAAGAGCAUCAGUCCUCACACAGACACUGAGGAGACCGACCGAGAGAGAUGUGUGUGGAUCAGGGAGUGUGUGUGUGUGAAUCAGUGUGUGUGUGGGGGGUGGAUCAGGGAGUGUUUAAAAAGAGAGGGUGUGUGUGGAUCAGGGAGUGUUUAUAGUGUGUGUGUGUUUGAGUGAGUAGAACAGGGAGUGUUUAAAGAGAGUGUGUGUGUGUGUGUGUCUGUGUGCAGAUCAGGGAGGGUGUAAAGAGAGAGAGA